AUGUCUUCAAUAACAUCACCACAUCCCCAAGCCUUACCAGCGUCCCUGCGCUCCAGCGGUAGCUCAUCCUCCUCCUCCUCAGUUCACGAGGCAGACACCGUCACACCACAACAAAACCUCAAGAGGCCUCGUCUGUUAUCGCGGAAAUCAAGUGGGACCAUCAUAGUACCACGUGAGGCACGUACGGAAAUGAACGAUGAAGAUGAGGACUUUGAUGAGGAUGAUGCCAGAGCCAUGAGCCCAAGAAGGAGUUCGCAGGAUUUAGAGAAGAUGGGACAGGAAGCGAGAGCGCAUUUAGAUGCACAUGCCAAAACCCUUCAAAAGUCCCUUUUAGAGAUCUUUAAUCGGAUCGAAGCCGUCAAGGAGGAACACGACAAGCUAGACAACAACAACAAAUUCUUACAAAAAUAUAUCGGUGAUCUGAUGUCGACGUCGAAGAUCACUUCAACGGGUGGCAGCGGUGGAGGAAGGAAGAGAUAA